GUCUCGGCUGCGAUAAAGCGAGCAGCAGAGACAUUCUUUCUUUCUUUUUCUUUUUCAAAAAUUUUGAAAUUGCAGUUCAGUAUACAUACAGACGAUCAUGUUGCGGACUUUUUCGUACGUGGUGUGGGUUUACGGGCUGCUGGUGCAUUCGGUGCUGCCUUCGACAAGUACGAGGGUUGCCAGAGUUGGAGUCGACAGCAGGAACGACGACGACGAUGCCUCACCCGUCAUCAUCUACGGCGGACUGGUGAGUGACAGGACCACGGUGCCAUGGAUGGCGUACUUGACCACUCCGGAGGACAACGCCAAGUGCGGAGGGUCACUCAUAUCGGCCAGGGUCAUACUCACGGCUGCGCAGUGCGUCACCUAUGAUUCUGGAGGAUCGCCAGUGAAAAGCAGCGCUGUCACGUAUCAACUGGGUGGAAUCACAACUUCAUCCUUGGACGAAAUAGACAAUGGUGAAUUCAGUGCAACGCAGAUGGACCCGAAUGCAAUCGUGGUGCAUGAGGGCUACACGGGCACCACUCGGUUUGUGCAUGACGUGGCCCUGGUCAAGAUGUUGACACCUGUGGCAGUUUUCACAAAUUCCAUACGCCCUGUUGUUUUGGCUGCCCAGGACUCCAGCCCUGAGGGACUGCCUGUCACUAUCCUGGGCUGGGGAUUCACUGAGUCAGGAAGUUACAGCGUUAACCUCUUGUCUGCUGGGACUGACAUUCGCACCAACGACGUGUGCCAAUCCUACUGGAAUUGCCCUUUGCAACCCACAUUUUUUGACCCAGCUUUGCAAACGUGUUUUGGAGGACGUGGCUCCAACGGCAUCUGCACUGGUGAUGGCGGUGGUCCCGUGAUCCAUGGCUGGGGCCCAGACGCCGUUCAAGUGGGCAUCAAUUCCUUCGUCCGACCUCCGUCUUCGUUCGCGGGUCCCUGCAAUGUUGCCAUCAGCAAAUCCGGGUAUUUCUCGCAAUUUCUGCACGGCGUGUUGACAGGACUGCUGAUGGGUUCCAACUCGGCGACCAGCAGCAGCAGCAUGUCGCAACGACAGACCCGACUGGAAUGCGGCAUCAACACACCCGCUGUUGGCCCGAAAGUCGGUGCCUACAGGGCAUGGAUUGAUUUCAAUGCCGAUGCACUGGCGACAUCUGCCUGAUUUUAGGCAGUGAUUAAAUUAUUCGCUGAUGCGCGACAUAAGAGAGAGAGAGAAAACGAAGCAAAAACACAAGAUGAUGUUCUUGGAAAA